AGCGAGCUCCUUCCUACGUCACAUGCUUGCAUCCCCAGGCGGCGACCGUCACCUCUGUCUUCUAACCAUAGCAAAUGUAGCAACGGCCAUCCCUCCUCCAUAAUAUUCUGUCCUGUCAAUAUGUAUCCCGACGACCCAAGAUGUACCGAACUUGCGUAUCCCGACUUGGUCAACUUCGGCGUAUCUGUCUUCAUAGUCGUCGGUAUCCUCGUAUCGUACCUUCCACAACACUAUAAGAUCAUAGCACGUCGCUCAUCGCGUGGUCUCAGCCCCAUGUUUGUCCUGCUGGGCACUGUGUCUGGGACGGCCAGCAUCGCCAACAUCUUGACUCUACCGGAGAGCACAAGGGACAUGGGAUGCUGCAAAGAAAUUGGUAGCUUCCCAUGCGCAGCCGCUAUGCUCGGCAUAGUGCAAAUCGGUGUGCAGUGGAGUUGUUUCUUCUUCAUUAUGCUACUCUUUCUCAUCUUCUUCCCUCGAGGCUCCUCACCAGACGUAGAAGAAGGACAGGAUACAGACAUGCCCACAUGGAAAGAAGCAGUGCUCGUUCUGGGUGUGUCGCUCGCCUUCUUCGUCGUUGCAUUCAUCGGCUCCGUCGUCUUCGUAUACGCGCUUCCUUCACACGUUCGCGGAUGGGCCAACUUCCUCGGCUUGCUUGCCACGGUCCUCGCUGCAAUACAGUACAUCCCUCAGAUCUUCAUGACAUGGAGACUGCAAGAAACUGGCAGCUUGUCUAUUCCCAUGAUGUGCAUACAAACACCGGGGAGCUUCGUCUUUGCAGCCAGUCUUUAUGCGAGGCUGGGACCUGGGGGCUGGAGUGCAUGGGGCCUGUUCAUCUUUACGGGUAUCCUGCAAGGCUUCUUGCUAGUCAUGGGCCUCUCUUUUGUCUUGAGAGACAGAAAGGCCCAGAAAAGCCAGCAACUCGACGAUGCUAAUGGGAGUGAUACUGCUGGAGACAGCGAGAGGGCGCCAUUAUUGCAUGGCCAAAGGCCGGAACAGCAAAUGAAGGUUUCAAGUGCUAUCGUUCUCGCGGGCGCUGCCCAAGCAUUUGCUGCUGUGCGACCCCGGCCUUUAGUGUCAUCUGGCCCCAUCCAGGCUGAGAUCAAAACUGAGAAGUUGAUGAGCAACCUCAAGGCCUUUGACUCCAUCGCAAAAGCAAAUGGAGGCAAUCGUGCUUUCGGUCUCCCAGGUUAUGCUGCAUCUGUUGACUACAUGCUCGCCAAAACCCAGAACACACAUUUCAAGACAUGGACUCAGGACUUUCCUGCUCUUUUCAACAGAGUUGAUUCUAUCGAGUUCAGCGUGAGCAACAGUUCCUACCGCGUUAUUGGACUUUCAUACUCGCCAUCCACCACUCCGGAAGGUUUGACGCUGCCGCUUGUCCUGGGUCCUUCAGGAGCUGAAGGUUGCACAAACGAAGCCUACGACAGCUUGGAUGUCGAAGGCAAGAUCGUCUUGGUACAGCGAGGAGCAUGCCCCGAUGGCACAACCCUUGCUGGGCGCAUGAAGCCUGCCGCUGCCGCCGGCGCUUCUGCCGUAAUCAUCUACGCAAGCGACACAGCAAAUGUUACUGGCGGUACAUUAUCCAACCCCAACCCUGAAUACGUCUCCACUGGCUAUAUCAACCUCGCCGAUGCGGAACCCCUGGUUGCUCGCCUUAAGGCUGGCGAGACCAUUGAGGCGUACUUCCAGCAAACCCAAACCGUAGAAACGCGCAUUACGCAGAACGUCUUCACCGAGACCAAAGAUGGCGACCCAACCAACGUCAUCAUGCUUGGCGCACAUCUCGACAGUGUUCAGGCUGGUGCUGGUAUCAACGACGACGGCUCAGGCAGCACGCUGAUCCUCGAGAUCGCCAAGGCACUGAGGAGAUUCGGUGUCAAGAACAAAGUACGCUUCGCAUGGUGGGGUGCUGAAGAAAACGGUCUACUUGGAUCCAAGUACUACACACAGAAUCUGAACGCCACAGAGGCCAACAACAUCCUCACAUACCUCAACUUUGACAUGGUCUCCCGCGGCUACUUUGGUGUGUUCGAUGGUGACGGCAGCACGUUCAACCUCACCGGUGCCCCAGGAUCAGCUGCCAUUGAGAAGCUUUUUGUUGAGCAUUUCGAGAAGGAAGGCGUAAAUGUCACAGCAGCACGCUUCACUGGUGGAAGUGACUACCAAUCCUUUAUGAACAUCGGCAAACCUGUUGGUGGUCUUCACACCGGAACAGGUGUCGAGCAGGACCCUUGCUACCACCAGGCUUGCGACACCAUUGACAACCCCAACCCAGAGACGUUGACCAUCAACGCUAAGGCUGCUGCGCACGUACUCUCGAUCUUGGCUACCAGGGGUGAGGAAAUCAUCCCCAAGAGCCCAGUUAACGCAAGCAUGAUUACUGAGCGCGGUAUCAUCGGCGUUGAGCCCAGAUGGACGCUGCCUGCGGAGGGAGAGAUGCACCUAUCAACUUGCGGACACGAAAUCUAGAUGUAAAAACAAAAGAGUACACAAAUUAGCAAAGUCAAGAUUUGAAACAUGAUAUGAACUUAAUGAGCGAACCUCGCAUGACUUCUUGCCAAGGUUCUAAGAAUUACCAUU